AUGGCUAAUCAUGACGUCAUUCUGUGUUUGGGAAGCUACGGCCUACGGGUGGCAGAGACAGCAGCGUCUCUAUGGUUACAACAACAAUCCACUGACACCGGCGAGAACAUACGAUUCUUAUGCGCGUUAAUUCAACAUAAAUAAGUUUCACCAACAUCACUACUUUUGGUUCAAAAACCUUACAUGGAUCGACGGGCGUUUGCAACAUUCAUGAACCAAUGA